AUGCAGCCACCUUAUGCCAAUUCUUUCGUCCAUGAAACAGGAAGUUCAUGGGCCGGAAGUUCGGGGACACUACACGAUUCAUCAUGGGGUGGUCAUUUCUCCACUCCUCUGAUUAUACAAAACCGUGAAGACAUCGAAUUGACGGACUGGUGGAUCAACAAAUUGGCCUACUGGUCGGGGCAAAAUCCCUAUGUGAAAACGCAAAUCUACCGGACGGCUAUGGAUCAUCCCUUCUCCUUCCAAGCCGUCAUCCUGGUCUACGCCGCGCGGUGGAGAGCCCAGAUCACCGGGCAGUCAAACAGCGAGGAAGUCCAGCGCCACGUUGGGCAAGUCAGGAAAAACAUCGAGGACGCGGUAUCUGGUGCCAUUCAAGUGCACGACGAUCAAUUAGCCACAGCCCUGGCAGGAAUGGCUUUAGCGGAAGGCCGAUAUGGCAGUCGCCAAGAUGCGGAAGCGUAUCUGGAACAUGCCGCUCGUAUUCUCAGCCGCCGACCUGGAGCUUCCAGUGGUGUGGAGGUAUUUUUCCAUUAUGUGCGAUACAUUCUGCCUCCCUUGUCUGACAUGGUCAGCCCGACCAAUCGACGUUUGCUGGUCCUGUUUCUUCAACGCGCACAGGAACUUAUGCACAGGCAUAGCUCUCCUGGACAUCAACCUCAAUCAUCUCACGGACGUACCGCUUUCCAAAUGGGAAGCCCCCUCUUCUCACUUCUGUCCAGCGGACCACGACCCACGCAGGUGCCCCAAGAGGCGCACGUGUAUGUUGUUCGCACAGCGGAGACUCAAGAAGCCAGCCGGUCUGGUUGUCUCAUCUACAUCACGGCCGCUCUAUGGGACUUCAAAGAUUCCGUGAACAAGACGCAUCGAUUCUUGGCGUAUUUGACAGCGCUGGUCGAGGAGCACCAGCUGGGCAAACACCCGGCAUGUGAGACCUUGCUGUGGCUCUUGUUGGAGCAGACUUGUGAUGCCGAUCUACGAGAUCCGAAACGGGCAUGGUCAACAGGGCAACUGCUUCAGGCGCAGCGCCAGCUACGACCGGAUCUGCAGUUCCACUAUAACGAGCUUCUGAUGUCCUUUUUAUCACUACAGAUGCCCGUCAGAGGCAUUGAUGUCUUUCAAAACGAGCUUGAAUCGAGUUUCGGUGAAAGGCGACAUUCACCAUACCCUUGA